CGAAGGCUCGAUCAAAUAAAAAUUCCCGGAGGUAUUGCGCGUCUAUCGCUUGUGCUGGAUGGAUAGACGAACUGGCAGCCACGUGGAACUGCUCGACAGAUUCAUUCGAAUUGCGAUGGAAUUCGAAUGAAGCGGAAUGGAGGACGCCAGAAGCCUGUGAGUCUUUGAGAGGUGCAAUCGGUAGGUGGAAAUGUGGAUGCCCAAGCUGUGGCUGAAGCGACCUUCGGCCCAGGAGGAGAAAUCGUUCCUGUCCAGCUGCCAGGCUUACAACUAUGACGAAAAGUACGUGGGAGCAACGUCGGAAGCACCCUGGGCUGCAGAUCGCCUCGAUCAGUUGAAGAAAGAUGGGUUUACAAUCAACCACGCCCGUGUCAAACUCGGGUCUGGUGCUCAUGCUUUUGCCAGAGGGAAAGACAAACUUCAAAACUGGAGGCACUUGCAACUGGGAUGGGCAUCAGUAGACCCAACCACACCCAUCAAAGUUGGAGGGAAAUUUGGAAUCGUUGUCCAUGAAAUGGUUGCUUGGCUCGUGAACCCCCUGCGCAUAGCUUAUGUGAGUGAUGAGCAAGAGGUGACGUCAAAGAGCUUAUCAGCAAAUCAAGCAGUUGAUAUGCCAUCUUUGAAAUCCACCAGUUCCAAAGUAUAUUCCUUUGGUGGUGGUACUCUACAAGGUCACUUGCUGGCCGGAGAAGAGAGGUUCUCCAUCGAAUGGGACAAGGAGGAUGACUCUGUAUGGUACGAGAUUUUAUCAUUCUCGAAACCUGCUCAUUUCCUCACAGUUGCCGGUUUCCCUGUGUUGAGGUUUCAACAGAAGCUUUUCGCUAAGCACUCAACAGACGCAAUGAUUCGAGAGGUUAACAAUGAUAUGCCACUCAAAGGAUAGACGUCUCUGAGGACCGUCGAUUUAUGGAUGGCUUCUUUCAAGAGACCUGUCGAAAACAAUUUGAAGUAUUGCAGACUUCAAACAAUGGGGCUUCAACAGUUGGACACUGCUCCAGUGGACCUGUUUUUAAACCCUUAGGUUGAUUUCAAGAGCAGGCUCUUCUAAAUACAUCACCUCGGAAUCUGCUGGGGAAGGCUCUGGGUUGAUGGUUUCUCUUCGCAGUUUGGACACGAAGGUUGCAAAGACAACUGGAGGUCCUAGAGAAAGAGGCUAUGGCCCUAAUCAAGAGAUGACGUGUGAGGAGAAGGACACUGCGAGAGCUUGCUGGAAGAUGGGCGGAAUUGCGAGUAAUGAGGUCUCUCAAAGUUGUAGCCUCCAGAUGAAACUUUGAGCAUGAGCACGAACAGCCCUUCUAAAACUUUCAUCGUCGAGUCAGAUAGCAAGCAUGUCAACGUUUGAGUUUUCUAUCAUUGAAACAACGAAAGCUUUUUGUUAUUGCCCUAGCUCUAUUUUUUAACGUGCUUUUCAAAGACGUUGAUUAGAUCAGAAACCCAUUUUGGAUGGAGAGAGGAUGGAUGGAACGAUCCGAUAACAACGCCUGCAGAACAAUACGAUAUGCGGCGACCUGUACUGCACCUACCUGCAACCUCUAGGGAUAGACAUGAAUAUGUAUCAAUCUUGAUGUCUUCACAUACUCUCCAUUGUCUGAACAUCUGAUUGCAACUAUUCAGUUUGCAUACACUCCUUUUUACUCCAGCUCAUGAGAAGGGAAGAAUAAUCGGAAUGUAUGACUGGACGCGAA